CGCGACCCCGGCGCUGGGCGGGCCCCGCAGCCAUGGUGCGGAAGUCGGACCUUCUGCUCCUCCUGCAGCUCCUGCUCUGCCCGUCUCCGGCGAGCAGCUCCAGCCCUCUCCCGCUGGUGCUCAACACGUGGCCUUUUAAGAAUGCAACCGAAGCAGCGUGGCGGACCCUGGCGUCCGGAGGCUCCGCGCUGGACGCCGUGGAGGCGGGCUGCACCCGGUGCGAGCGGGAGCAGUGCGACGGCACCGUGGGCUUCGGGGGCAGCCCCGACGAGUCUGGGGAGACCACGCUGGACGCCAUGAUCAUGGAUGGCACCACCAUGGACGUCGGCGCAGUAGGAGAUCUCAGACGCAUUAAAAGCGCCAUGGGCGUGGCCCGGAAAGUGCUGGAGCACACCACACACACACUGCUGGUGGGAGAGUCGGCCACCAAGUUUGCCGAAAGUAUGGGGUUUGUCAAUGAGGAUUUGUCCACCGAUACUUCUCGAGCCCUUCAUUCCGAUUGGCUCGCUCGGAAUUGCCAGCCAAAUAGUUGGCGGAAUGUUAUGCCAGAUCCUUCAAAAUACUGUGGACCUUACAAACCACCUAGUAUCUUAAAGCAAGAUGGUUCUGCCUAUAAGGAAACAGGAGAUAAUUAUGGUCAUGAUACUAUUGGCAUGGUCGUAAUCCAUAAGACAGGACACACCGCCGCCGGUACAUCUACAAAUGGUUUAAAAUUCAAAAUACCCGGCCGAGUAGGAGAUUCGCCAAUUCCUGGAGCGGGGGCCUACGCCGACGACACUGCUGGGGCUGCGGCGGCCACGGGGGACGGGGACAUACUGAUGCGCUUUCUGCCGAGCUACCAAGCCGUGGAGUAUAUGAGGAGAGGCGAAAGUCCAACCGCGGCUUGCCAAAAAGUGAUUUCCAGAAUUCAGAAGUAUUUUCCCAAGUUCUUCGGAGCUGUUAUCUGUGCCAACGUGACUGGAAGUUAUGGAGCUGCUUGCAAUAAACUACCUGCGUUUACCCAGUUUCGUUUCAUGGUUUCUAAUUCUCUAACGAACCAGCCCAAGGAGGAGAAGGUAGACUGCAUCUGAUCCGUCCUUCCUGGCGGCGUCUGUAUUUGAAGAAGAAGGAAGCAAAGGCUGAGACGGUCACUCACUCUCGCUGCACAGUGGAUGCCUCGUGUUUUCUGAAUUCUUCGUGUAAAACACACAAAAAUAAAUGUAUGCUAAAGGAGCACUUUUGCUUUUAAUA